AUGAAAAAACUUGCCGCGCAAGUUGUGUCGGAGAAGAGAAAAACCGGAGGCGGCAACUUGGGCGGGCUGGAGGGCCCCGUCAUUGACGUUUUGAGCCGGACCGGCCCAGGCUACGCGCCGGUGGAUUUUUUCGCCGACGACGCCGAGCAGGCAAGCUCCAGUGAGGAGGAGGCCGCUGCCGCCCACAUGCCCCUCCCGAGAGCCCCACCUCAUGUGUCUGUGGGCACAGAGCCAGGGAUGAGCGGCACUGUACGACCAUCAACUCAGCAGCAGCCCCGCAGGCCACCUCGGCAGCAGCAGCCACUAGAGGAUGCGUCCUGCAGGGCAGCAUCAGAAUACGCGAUGCAGAGGCAGCUGGCCGAGGCUACAAAAGUGGAGGCCGUCAGCUUCCACCAGAUGCUGCUUGAGCAAAACAGGCAGCAUCAGCAGCAACUGGUGGAGGAGCUGAGGGCCUCCCGCGCGGUGCAGCAGCAGCUGGCGGUGGAGAUGAGGGGCUUGCGGGAGGCGACUGCCCUCAUCGCAACCACCUUGCACCAGCUCGUCGCUGCCGUCGCCCAUGGCCUUCGCGAGCCGCCUCAGCCGUAGUGGUGACAGUUGUCACCAUUACGUG